AUAACAAGAUUGUGGUUCCUGAUUUGCCAUUUACAAUUAUUAUAUUUUACCAGAACUUUGUAGGAAUCUUGGGCAAUUGUUCACUUCUGUUUCAUGAUGUCAUGUCUGUAUUCACAAGGAAGAGUUUAAUGCCCAAAGACAAGAUUAUAAAGCAUGGGGCAAUUGCCAACUUCUUGUAUGUGAUCUCAAGAAGCAUGGAUCAGAUAAUAGUUGAGCUUGGGCUAAAAUGUUCCCUGGAUGGCAAUGCUUGUAAAUUUCUUCUAUACCUGUAUAAUGUAGCUCGGGGAGCUUCUCUUCAUUCCUCAAGUCUCCUGAUUUGCUUCCAAGCCAUCACAGUGAACCCCAGCAACUUUAGAUGGAUGAAGUUUAAACACAGAGCUGCCAAGUACAUUGUUCCCCCUUGUUCUCUCAGCUGGCUUGUACAUCUACUUCUAAACAGCAGAAUUAUUAUGAGUAUGACUGCCCUUGGUACCAACAUAAAUUUCACUAAGAAAUUCAAUGGGAGCUCCUGCCUAACAUUUUUUUCUGGCACCAAUGCAGCCCUACUAUAUGUAUUCUUGAUGUGUUUCAUUGACGUUCUCUAUCUGUGCGUCAUAGUCUGGUCUAGUAUCUCCUUGCUGAGUUUCCUGUACAGGCUCAAGAAGCACAUACAGUAUAUCCACAGUGCACAGAAUUCCUUCAGUGUCUCACCUGGAGACAGAGCCACCGAAUCCAUCCUGAACCCAGUGUGCAUCUAUGUCACCUACUACUCAAUGUCCUUCACCCUCACAUUAUACAUAGUGCUCAGCGGCGAACUAAGGAUGUGGCUGAUGAGCUUAGUCGGACUUUUAGAUGAUUGUUUCCCUACUAUUUCCCCUUCAUAG